AUGCCCAAACCAAAGAUCCACCUAUAUGCAGAAGCUCUAAUGCACAUCCGCCAACUCACGCUACACGCAUCCCUCGAGACUGACAAGAAUGAGCACACUAAAAUCUUCAUUUCGUCCGACAAGCACAUCAUCACUGCAGUUCAUGAUGGUGAAUCUUCCAGUAUCUAUCUGCCCACUCAGAUCUCAGGGACCGCCAAUGUGACCUUUCCGUUUGAUAAAAAGACUGAGAUCUCCGCGCGGGUCCAGAUCGAUGACUCAGAGCAAUCGAACAGUGGAUCAGAUGACCUGGCCGGCAUCGAAGUUCCAUGGUGUGCCACUGAUUUAUCAGAAACUACCUCUGCUAGUUGCAGGAGUUGUACAAGCGAGAUUUUGAAGGCUGGGACAAUCACCGCCUGGAAGGAUCUCCCAAGCGAUCACUGGGCGGACUUGAUGGACGUUUGGUUUUGUCACAAGCCUCACCAUGACCACUCUCAUGACCAUCAUGCCGCCGAAGCCAAAGGAUUCUCUGCCAAGAGCAGGAUUGCUGCUCAACCAGGAAUUGGGCUGGUUGAUGCUGUCUCAUUCCUGAUUCAUCAAGAUGACUGCUGGGGUAUUCAGGAACAAUCCUUUGCAUCUGUAAAAGGUACUUCUCUCCAUUGCCUAACAUGCAGCGCCGCUGUGGGUUCGAGCCAAGGAGACGAUGGCAACUUCAGAUUGUAUAAAUCAAGAAUAGCACUUGCGAACAGUCAGGACCAACAACCACACGAAUAUCCUCCAUCUGUGUUUAUCUGUAGCCAAUUGCUAUCUUUGAUCGACAAUACAGUCUCUCGCAAGAUUGUUCUCCAUAGUGAGACUCGAGGAGAGUCUGAAAAUGGACGAGAAGGUCUCCUUCUUUGGAUAUUCAAUCCAGACAUUUACUACUCGAGCUCGAAUCGAGGGCCUACCGUGCAUCGGGCGAUGAAGGUCUUUUACCAACCGCUUUUGGAAAUUGGAAAAUUCCUAGACGAACAUAGCAAUACGCACGAGGAACUAGUCGUACCACCAGAAGAUCUGGAAGACUUUAGAAAGACGUUGCAUGAUAGCACAGCCAUUCUACCACAAUCUGCACGGUCGUUUCAGGAUUGGGCCGUUGGGCUCAUUGAUCGCUGGGAAAGGAAUGCGACUGGUGCUUCAUGGAUGGACCAAAACCCGCUUAACAAAAAAGUGGAUCCAGGGUUCGAGACCUUCAAACUCCCUGAGGGAAUGCAAGAACUCUACAUGUGA